AUGAUAGCAGCAACAAAAUGGCUUUGGAGAGGAAUGUUUAACUACACAAAAUCAUCUUUUGAAACAAAGUCAAAGAACUUUGAAGAUCUUGGUCAAUUGGGUGUUGAUAAACAUGCCAUCGUAACUGGAGCCAAUAGUGGUAUAGGAUUUGCAACUGUAAUAGAUUUAUUAUCACAUGGAUGCACGGUUCAUAUGGUAUGCAGAAAUCAAGAUCGUGCUCAAAAGGCUAUUCAAGACAUUAAAGACCACUUCAAGACAGAACAACAACAACAACAACAAAACACCAUCAUAAAUAUUGACAACCAAUUGAAAUUACACAUCUGUGAUGUCUCUGAGAUGAAACAGGUAAAGACAUUUGUUGAUUCAUAUAUGGAAUCUGGUGAAAGAUUGGAUAUAUUGGUAUUGAAUGCUGGUGUAAUGAUGGAUGAAAAGAAAUUGACCACCGAGAAUGUCGACAUGACACAUGCCACCAAUCUACUCUCACCAUUUUGUAUGACACAACUCUUUAUACCAUUAUUCAAGAGACAACAAACAAAGGAUAAUAUAGCAAGAGUCAUUUUCGUCUCAUCAGGUGGAAUGCUAACCCAAAAGAUGUCACUAGACUUUGAAUUUAAGAAAUUAAGAAAAUGGGAUCCAUUGUAUACCUAUGCCCAAACCAAAAGAGCUAUCAUUUAUUUAACAGAGUUGUUUAAUGAAAAGUAUUGUGGUCAACAACAACAACAACAACAACAACAACAACAACAACAACAACAACAACAACAACAACAACAACAGGAUAACGAUUAUGUUUCCUUUUAUUCGAUGCAUCCAGGAUGGGUUGCCACACCACAAAUUGAAAGUGCAAUGCCAACUUUUAGUAAAUGGACCAAACACAUUCAAAGAACACCAGAACAAGGAUGUGAUACAAUCACUUGGUUGGCCAUUGCACCAUUGAAUUCAAUUAGAGCAUCUUCAUCGUCGCACAAUGGUAGUGGUGAUUUCUUUGAAGAUAGACGAUCAACUGAUAAACAUCUGACUGAUCACACCAAAUCAUCCAAAGAUGAUGUUGAUAAACUUUGGAAUCAUUUAGAACAAAGAGUAAAUGAAAUCAUCAAUUGA